GCAGCUUCAAGGCGGCGCGCGCAGGAUCAGUUUGACUGUGCGGGUAGUUGGGCAGCGUCUGGUAGCGUUGUGAGCGUUGUUGCUUGCGUUGCGCUGCAACGGGCUAAACGGUAUCGUCGACAUGAGUGCAAUGUCGGUGCUCGACCUCGUCAAGUGCCACGAUGCCUCCAUGCUGCUGGGCGCGUUCAACAUGCACUGCAUGCAGGAGGUUGGCGACGAAGACGGCGAGAUCCGUGACUUGUUUUUCGCACCUGGAACAAAGCGUCUGGAGCUCCUUCGCUGGGUGCUUAUCGCCAUCGACCCGUCGGGAAAACACGCUCGUGAACUGAACACUGGCGACGACUGCACAGAGGAGAGCUUGACAAAAGUGCUGUCGUAUUUGAAUCCCCGUCGUGUAAAGGAAUUUGCCGCUUUCGUCAGAGGCACUGCUCCCGUCCGCGAACAGAAGGUUAUCUGGGAGCUGCUCCUGGGGACGGCAGAUUUCGUUCAGAAUACCCCCGAGGACGAGUCUUCGGGGUUCUCUACAGCCUCAUGGUCAACGGCCAUGACGUUCAAGCCGACGGUCGCCUCCACGCCCAUGCCCCAGGUUGAGCAAGCCGGAGCUUCCUCUUCUAACGUGAAGCACGAAGGAACGGCCGCCAGAUGUCUCUGGCAAACCGAUGACCUGUCCGAAGCCGGAGAAAAGCGAGAGGCUGAGACAGAAUAUUUGGACAAUUUG